UCCAUCUUGACAUUUUAUCCAAAACCAUGACUAUCACAAACACCACAGCUCUCCACCAUCCACACAUCAAUCACUACUACUCUUCCAAGAAUUCACUCCCUACAAUCCGAGCAUCACUCAAUGACCUCAACCGCCGAAAACUGGUCACCGCAUUUUUAGGCACUUCACUGGCUUUAGGACUAGGAAUGGCAGUGCAGGGCACGCCAGUAGCACUUGCUGAGAACUGGGGCACACGUUCAUUCCUACGAGAACGGUUUUUUGAGCCUGGAUUAUCGCCUGAAGAUGCCACGGCAAGAAUUAAACAGACUGCUCAAGGGUUGCAUAGCAUUAGGGACAUGUUGGAGACCAUGUCUUGGAGGUAUGUUCUGUUUUACAUUCGACUUAAAUGGGCUUAUCUUUCUCAGGACAUGAAGAAUGCCAUGUCAAUGGUGCCCAAGAAUCUCCGGAAGGACUAUGUCAAGACGGCUAAUGAGCUGGUGGACAACAUGGCCGUGUUUGAUUCUUAUAUUGCGACACCAAAGGUUUAUGAAUCGUACCUGUAUUACGAGAAGACCUUGAAGUCACUCGAUGAGCUUGUUACAUUUUUACCAUCAUGAUCCAUCCUUUGUUAAUAAGUACUACCCUUUUUUUUUUUGGUCCAAAAACUUUGGCACAAUUAUUUAAUAAGUUAGAUAAGCAAACCAUGGCGAUUGAAUGCUUAAAGUGAACAUGGGGAGGUCAUUAUACUCUCCCUUGAAUUGGAAAUUCUGCGUGAGAAAGGGAAGUGUUUGAUUAGUUGUAGCCAUGGCUAUGGCACUAGCUAAUGUUCCUACAACAGAAAGUCAGCAACAACUCUAAGGACCAAGUCUGGUAUAGAGAUUCCUCUGUGAAGGCGCAGUGUCGGUGGAGUUGCAACUUCCCCUGCCUGAGCUUGCUCUGUCUUCAUUUGCUUUGGUAGUGUUUCUGCAACUUUUGCCUUUCAUAAGUAAUAUUGUAAAAGAAAAUGAUCUCCUCUAGAUAUAUAUAUGCGCGCAUCCAUUGA